CGCCCCUUCCGCCCCCUCCAGGGCUGCUUCCGCCCGGGGCCGCCAUGGGCUCCCGCCGGCGGCGCCGGGCCCCCGGCGAGGGGCGCCGCGGAGAGGAGGAGCCCCCCGCGCCCCCGCGCUGCCGCCACCCGGAGCCGGAGGUCCCCCCGGAGCCCCCCAGCCUAGACAGCGGCUGGCACCAGCGGCUGCUCCAGGAGUGGGAGGACGAGUGCGGUGAGCCCCAGUGCUACCAAGAGGACUUCGACGUACCAGAGCCGGAGCCCUACGAUGCCUGGGCUGACCGCAUCGCGGAGGAGCACCACCGCAAACGGAGCCGCUGGGGCGGCCUCAGUGCCUCCAGGGGCCCCCUGAAAUCAGCACGCGGCCCCUCGCCCUGGCACCAUGAGGCUGAAUCCCAGCUCUACUGGCAGCGCCAGCACGAGAAGGAGGAGCAGGUGCAGCAAGCCCGGGCCCAGCGCGCUGGGAGAGGGCCUAAAACCAGUGCCAGUGCCAGAGAGCCCCUCAACAACCAGGAGCCCUCCGAAGCCGGCACACUGCUCCGCUACGACGACAUCCCCUGGCCCUGCACGGGCGGGGGGCCCGAGGCCAUGGCGGCAGCGGCACUGGCGGCUGUUCCGGCCCCCCCUGCCGGCGCCCCUGGGCCCUACCGGCGCCUGCUGCGGCAGCAACGGGCCCGCUGGCACCCCGACCGCUUCGCCCAGCACUGGGGGAGCCGCCUGCACCCCCGGGACCGCCAGCGGGUCCUGGCCACCGUCACCGCCCUUUCGCAGGCCCUUAACCGCCGGGCUGACGCUGCCAAGUGACACGCGGGGCAAUAAAUGGGGCAUCUCUCCCCAGCACCC